UGACAGCAGCAAUCUGAAAAAGAAUUGACUAAAGAAGGAGAAAGAAAAAAUGAAAGAGGAGAAAAGAUUUUGAUUUGGUUGUGAAGGACUUGGCUUCAACUUCAAGGUUGGAGCAUCGUGUUGUGCGUCUUAUAUAUAUAACGCAUAGCGUAUUGAUUUGGCUUUGAUAGGAAGAAAAGCGCAGAAGCAGAAACAGAAAGGUAUAUCUAUCAAUGGGAAAUGAGCACGAAGACGAUCUGAAGGAUGAGAAGAAUCCCCGCCCCCUCGACGAGGAUGAUAUCGCCCUUCUCAAAACCUAUGGUUUGGGGCCUUAUUCCACAAGAAUAAAAGAAGUGGAGAAGGGAAUAAAAGACAUGGCAAAGAAAGUCAAUGAUUUAUGUGGUAUCAAGGAGUCUGAUACUGGUUUGGCUGCACCAAGCCAGUGGGAUCUUGUUUCUGAUAAACAAAUGAUGCAGGAGGAGCAGCCUCUUCAAGUAGCAAGGUGCACAAAGAUCAUAAAUCCAAACUCAGAAGAUGCCAAAUAUGUUAUCAAUGUGAAGCAGAUUGCAAAGUUUGUCGUUGGGCUGGGUGACAAAGUUUCACCCACUGACAUAGAGGAAGGAAUGCGUGUUGGGGUUGAUAGAAACAAAUAUCAGAUUCAAAUUCCACUGCCUCCAAAAAUUGACCCAAGUGUUACCAUGAUGACAGUUGAAGAGAAGCCUGAUGUGACAUAUAAUGAUGUUGGUGGCUGUAAGGAGCAGAUUGAAAAGAUGCGAGAAGUUGUUGAGCUUCCCAUGCUCCACCCAGAGAAAUUCGUUAAGCUUGGAAUUGAUCCUCCAAAGGGUGUUCUUUGCUAUGGUCCACCAGGGACUGGCAAAACACUUUUAGCUAGGGCUGUGGCUAACAGGACUGAUGCUUGUUUUAUAAGGGUUAUUGGAAGUGAGCUUGUUCAGAAAUAUGUUGGUGAGGGUGCUCGAAUGGUUCGAGAACUAUUUCAGAUGGCCCGUUCCAAAAAGGCAUGCAUUGUGUUUUUUGAUGAAGUUGAUGCAAUUGGGGGUGCACGGUUUGAUGAUGGUGUUGGUGGUGACAAUGAGGUUCAGCGCACUAUGCUUGAAAUUGUGAAUCAGCUUGAUGGGUUUGAUGCCCGUGGAAACAUCAAAGUCUUGAUGGCAACUAACAGGCCUGACACUCUAGAUCCAGCACUACUACGACCUGGACGACUGGACCGUAAAGUUGAAUUUGGCCUUCCUGAUUUAGAGAGUAGGACUCAAAUAUUCAAGAUACACACUAGAACCAUGAACUGUGAAAGGGAUAUCCGCUUUGAACUUUUAGCUCGGCUUUGCCCAAAUUCAACUGGAGCUGAUAUAAGGAGUGUUUGCACUGAAGCUGGUAUGUAUGCUAUUCGAGCCCGAAGGAAGACUGUGACAGAGAAAGACUUCCUUGAUGCAGUUAAUAAAGUCAUCAAAGGAUACCAGAAGUUCAGCGCAACUCCCAAGUAUAUGGUCUACAACUGAAUUAUUCUUUCCUCUACUUCACAGCAACUACGUUGGCGGCACUUUCAAUAUUUUCGCCUGUGAAAAUUUUAAGGCGUUUCAUUGGCAGUUGGUGAAAUUCGUAUGUAUGAAUGUUGACUCCAAAAUCUUACCAAACGCUUUCAAAUUAUGACACAUCCAAAUUGCUGUCUCGUUGCAUUUAUUAACACCAAGAAUAAUUAUCAA